AGCAAACACACUGAGUGCAGGAGGAGACACGUCGCAGCUGUCUCUCCGGACAGACAGUGUCCUGUCUGAAGUUCGAUGGACGGCUGGAGUCCAACGGGGAGGACACAUUUAGAAAGUUAAGCGAAUAAUGUGAAGACAGAGACGAUGUGCUCCACGGGAACAAACGCGGAGCUGCAACAAACAUCCACCGACCCGGCUCUGGUCCUGGAACUGAAGACCAGGCGUCCUCCGUCCUUAGAGGGCCGGGCGGGAUGUGAGACCUGGAGCGUGGACUUCUCUCCGGACGGAGCCUGGUUCGCCUGGUCCAUGGGACACGGGAUCGUGUGGGUGGUAGCCUGGCCUCUCGACUCCGAAGACAGUCAGAAUGGAGACAUCGACCGAGGAGACAAGAGCUUCAGCUGUGGUCAUCCGGUGUGGGGCCUCGCCUUCGGACCCAGACCCCCAAAAUCAGCUGCAGCGGCACGUCCAUCAAAAAUGUCAUCAAAAGGGAAGAAGAGCCUGCUCCUGGCCACAGGUUUGGAGAACGGGGUGAUCAAAAUCUGGAAUGUGUUAACAGGUGAUGCUGUGUUUGAUCUGCAUGGACACGAAGGUGUAGUGAGGGACCUGGUGUUUCCUCAGAACGGGACGCUCACACUCAUAUCUUCCUCUCGAGACAAAACAUUGAGGAUUUGGGAUCUGUCUCAGAAAGGUAAAACGGUGCAGGUGCUUUCUGGCCACAAAGACUGGAUCAGCUGCUGCUGCGUCUCAUCAGACUGCAGCAUGAUUGCAUCUGUUGGCAGAUUUGACAGAGUGAGUUUUAUCUAUGCAUCUAUUUUCAUAUUUGCAUGA